AUGCUUUUGAGUGAAAUAUUAAUAAGUGUGACAUUAAGUAUUAAUUUCUACGGUGUUACCUCCUUACAAAUACAAGAGUCGACAAAAACAUGUGGUUAUGAGAGUUGUAAUCCAGUAAAGGACGAUAUGCUAAACGUACAUAUUGUUCCACAUACACAUGACGAUGUUGGUUGGGUCAAGACUUAUGACGAGUACUACAGACAAGAUGUGCGGACGAUAAUAUCAUCUGUUGUAGACAAUCUAGAGCGUGACCGUAAAGCAGGUGGAAACAAACGUUUUAUAUACGUUGAGAUGGCGUUCCUGAAACUCUGGUGGCAGGAACAAAAUGAUACAAUAAAGGAUGUAGUAAGAAAUCUGGUCAAUGAAGGUCGCCUGGAGAUUAUUCUAGGAGGAUGGUGUAUGAAUGACGAGGCUACACCAUACUAUAUAGACAUCAUUGAUCAACAUACUCUCGGCUUUCAAUUCAUCAGGAAUAACUUCGGGGAAUGUGGCCGGCCAAAAAUUGGUUGGCAAAUAGAUCCGUUUGGACAUUCUAGAGAAGUUGCCUCCCUUUUCGCUCAGUUUGGUUUCGAUGGAAUGUUUGUUGGUAGGAUUGAUUAUCAAGACAAACGUCAGAGAGAAAGAACGAAGACAAUGGAAAUGAUUUGGAGGUCCAGCGAGUCUCUGAGUAGAGCAGCAUCUGAUAUUUUCGUUGGAGUAUUGGACAAUGUUUAUUGGCCACCAAAAGGUUUCUGCUGGGACUAUUGGUGCUCGGAUCCGGAACUUGUUAAUAGUUCAGAAGAUUUCAAUAGAGCAAAGGUGGAUGAGUUCCUCCGAAUUAUAAAAGAUGAGUCUGACAAUUACGCUACAAAUCACGUGAUGGUUGAAAUGGGAAGUGACUUUCAGUACAGAUGGGCAGAUAAAUGGUACGAGAAUCUUGACGAGCUUAUAAAGCUGGUAAACCAGAGACAAAAGGAGAAUGAAGAAUUCAAAAUCAACCUUCUAUAUUCAACACCAUCGUGUUAUCUGUAUCAACUACACCGCUCAAAUAGAACAUGGCCUGUUAAACAAGACGACUUCUUUCCCUAUGCUCACAGAGAAAACUCAUUUUGGACUGGUUACUUUACAAGUAGACCAACUCUGAAACGAUUUGUGAGAACGAGCGGUGCUUUACUACAGGUGAUCUUGUUUAUCCAUUACUUUUUACUAAAAAUUCUUAAUUACAACGUGUGUAAUUAA